CACUUCUUUAAUUAUAUAUGUCUCUGAUCGAUAUGUCAACAACUUUGAACCAUCUUUUGAAUCUCCAUCAGGAACAAAUUUGCUAUGUGCAAUGUGGUUUCUGCACCACAGUUUUACUGGUUAGUGUACCAUAUAGCUACCUAUCGACGGUGGUUACCGUGAAAUGUGGGCAUUGCACUAGUCUCCUUUCAGUAAACAUGAUGAGAUCCGCGUUUCUCCCUCUCCGCAUCUUUUCUUCUCCUCUUGAUAACAACCAACAAGAGCCAAGGAUGGAAGCUUGUAAAGAGGAUGAAGAAAUUGUUGCUACAACACAGCUAGUAGUACCCUUGAGCAAACAUAGCUCAUCAUCUUCGCCUCUUAUCUCGUCAUCCUCGUCAUCAGAUGAAACAAAUGACGACGAUGAUGAUCUUCAAGUCCUAAAUCACGUUGUCAACAAGCCCCCACAGAAGAGGCAACGUGCCCCAUCCGCGUAUAACAGAUUUAUCAAAGAAGAGAUCAGAAGGCUUAAGAUCCAAAAUCCCAACAUGUCCCACAAGCAAGCCUUUAGUACAGCUGCCAAAAAUUGGGCCCAUUCACCACCAAUUAGUCAGCAGAUGAGUGAAGAAGGAGAAAAGUCAAGGGAUUCGGAUGAUGAUGAAUCUGCAGAAGUAUAAUAUUGACCCAAUUUUAUAAUAAGAGCUUAACUGGUUCAGAUAUCUAGCUACCUAGCUAGUUGCACGGAUGUCGAUCGAGAAGCUAAGUGUGGUAGUACUGACUACAUAGUUAAAGUUCCGUACUGAUUUAUGUGGUCCAACCUUAAUUUGAUCAUGCAUUGUUGUUUGGUUCAAGUCUAUUGUCUUUUUUUUUUUUUGUUAAAUCUAGCUAGCUACUUACAAUUAAUUAA